AUGUUUCUCAAUCUUUAUCCUAUUGAAACAACAUCACAUGAUGCUCGAAUGGCAGUUUCAUGUGAUUCUUCUUUAUUCAAUGCAAAAUUUAUAACAUCACUUCAACUUCUUUCCAUCCAUAAACAUGAACAAGAACAACCAAUCUUUGAUAUUCUUGAUCAACAACAUAUUACUCUUACUGUUCAUUUUAUUGGAACUGCUCAUCCUUGUACAAGUGUAAGUAUGCAACAAAAUAUGGAUCGUGGACAAAGUAUAUCAUCAACUGAUUUUAAUUGUUCAUUUGAUAAUGAGAAUUUUAUUUUAUCUGUUUCUACUUUAUUACCACAACAUCGUAUUAGUGUAGAAUUUAACUUGAAAGGACCUUAUUUUGUUGGUGGAUUUCGUCUUUGUCUCUCAGGUCCAUCUAAGAGACGAGAUGAAAACAAAUAUAUUGUUCAAGAACUUGACUUUUGUCAAAUGUUUUCUCCAGUCAAUGAAACUCUAACUGUAAAUGCACUAGUAAAUAUUAAAAUGACAAAAACAAUUAAUCGAACUAUGGGUAUGUCAAUGAAUGAUGAUUUAAUGUUUGGUGGUUUAUGGUUACCUAAAUUGUCAGUGACAACACUUUCGGAUGCACUUGUUUACAUAGAAAAUGGUGAAUAUCUUCGAUAUUUGCCUGAAAGAACACGUCUUAUUAUUGAUAUGAGUGAAUCAGACUUUUUUGUACAAAAUACUCAAGAACCAAUUGUUCGAAGAAACGAAAUCAUAUUUCAUACUGUUUUAUUUUCGAUGUUAUGCUUGGGUCUAUUUGGUUUGUUAUUCCUUGUUGUCAAACUAUUGAUUGUUCCCCUUGUUAAAUUCAUUCAAGAACGUUACUUUGCUGGUGGAAUGGGAAGUUCUGACAAUGGUGAAGACUAUGAUAUUAUUGAUAAAGUUGUUGAAGAAGAGGUCGAAAAAGCCAUACGAAAUCUGAAGCAAAGAUAUGAUUCUUACAUCACGGAGGAGAUAACAUAUUUCUGAGCAAGGUUUUCGAAGUUUUCAUGUAACGAAUAUGAUGGGCGCCAUUUUUACUUUGUUUUGGAAAGGUGUGGGUGCGGAGUGUGAAUACGAUGAUAUACUUCACUAACAUCCACACCCUGACACAAACGAAAAAUAGUUGGUUGAAUAAAGUUCCCAUGUAUGCGAAUCAAAUAAGUAGUCUAUUGAACUGAUGAAAGAGUUGCAAUAUAAAGGAGAUAAAAGUUUUACAAAUACAUUAUUCUUUUGUGUAAAAAUCGUCUUUAUGACUUCUUAGUUUCUAUAUUGACUUGGCUCAUUUUUUAUUUCUACGACUUCUUCGAUAAAGUUAGAAGAAGAAAAAGAAACAACACUAUUUUAUUAUUGAUCUAAUAGAAAAUAUAUAGUCACUUGAGUAAUCUAAUCUCGCAAUCAUCUAUCAAAAAAAAUGUUCGUAACAAUUAAGUAUAUAGCAGACGACAGCAGAGAUGACAAACAACAAGAUCAGAAAACUUUUUUUUCUUUUACAGUUGUUUAUUGGCAAAGAAGCAUAAGCGCACUUAUGUUUAUGAUCUUUCUUUUAUCUGCUGUCGUCCAAUUGACUUAAGGGCCCCCUUCAGAAAAGUCAAUUUUGGUCAAAUUUAUCGAUUUUAUGAUUUAUAACUCAUUCGAUAGAGCUAAGUGUAUACUCUCGAAUGCACUAUAGUUGAUUGAUUUUAUCAUGAGAUUUAAGGAUAUUACAUAGGUUUUUCCGAACCCCUAUAUUGAAAAAAAUAAGGUUUUUAAAAACUUAUUUUUCGUUUUUCUCAAAAUCAGUUUUUUUGUCAUGCAGUUUACGCGGGCAGGUUUUUCUCCAUAACGAUUUGGCAUGGAAGUGAUAAUUUUUUUUUUAUUAUAUAGGAGACAUGUAGGGCUAGGACUUAACAGGCUCUGAUUUUUAAAUUUCUCUUUUGCUAAAAUAAAAAACUUAAAUAGUUCAUUUCUAUUAGCACCUCGAAUUUGAAUAUUUUUCGAAAAACGUUUUUUAAAAAUCAAAUAAAGGGAAAUUCAAAAAUCGGAUCCUGUUAAGUCCUAGCCCUAAGGGUACUCUACAACUUGGAAAUCGCGCGAACUUGUUAGCUCGUAUCUUUAUUGUGAAAUCCUUGCCCGCGUAAGGGGUAAUGAAUUGACUAGAACUUGUGCAUUUCUUUGAGAUUUGUGGGAGAUAUUUUAACCAUAAGCUAUUCUAGUCAAGACUAACAUUCUCUGAAAUUUUGGUUGAAAUCGGAUGAAAAAUAACAAUGUUAGUUUCUGAGAGGGUGGGAGGGGCCUUAAGUACAGAUUAUAUUCAAGUGAUAUGUCGUGAAGAAAAGAUUUUUUUCGUAUGAAAAUGUGUUUUUCGAUGCCAUGAGAAGCAAUUAUUUUAUGUUAAGCUACUUUCUAUUUCUUUAGUAUUAUAGAUUAACAAUUCAUUAUUAAAACAUAAUGAAUUUCAUCUAUUUGAUUUCGUUAUUGAUUAUAAUGAAUUGUAUUCUUAUGUAUUUGACACAACGACCUCCAACUAAUUAUCGUGAAUAUGAUAGUUAUGGACCACUUUUAGCAAUGAAUGAACAUGUAGCGAUAUUUGCACAAAAUGAUAAAGCACGUUUUCUUCUUGUGAAAAAGCCGUAUAAUAGUUCUUCGAUGUGGAAUUGUACAUUAGAUUAUGUCAGAAUUAAACAUUCUUCAACUUCGAUGACUUAUUUCGUAUAUAGUGUAGCUAUUGGAGCGAAACAAAAUAGUAGCCAUCUUGCAUUCGCUUUUAUGGAUGAGGACUUUUUGCGUCGCGUGUUUUUAACAGUCGUUUUCCUUGAAGACAGUUCCACAGACUGUCUGGUUCAAAAUCGAAGUCUAGCAUUAGAUUUGACAGAAUAUCCAGUGUUCGAAGACUCUGUUGUUGCUAUGGACCCAUAUGGGACACGAGCAUAUUCAAUAGGAAACUUUAAUGGUUCUUGUAUUGACCUAGUAACGAAGGAAACUUGGGUAUUCGAUACAAGACUUGUAUAUGGUGAGUGGAACGGUAACAUAUUUGAGUAUUACCCGAAGGCCAUUACCAUUAGCAAAGAUCAUCAGAUUUUUCUCGUCGGUCAAUUAUAUAUGGGUAUGAUCAAUGAAUUUCAUACCUAUUUAGUCGUUUUGAAUUUUCGCGAAUUAAGAAAUGCCACAAAAUCGUUACAUCUUGAAGUUUCAACAUUCAAUUACGGUGUAGGUGGAACAGAUAUCAAUCGCGUGACAACAAUGUCUAUUGCGCUUGAUGAAUCAUCACGAACUGUACUUGUUGGUAUUCCUCGGAUAGAUACAGUUAUUUUCUUAGCUUA